AUGAAAGCGAUAUCACUUGUUACAGCCCUGGCUCUGGCAGGCUUCAGUGCCGCCAAGUCUAUUGUCGUUGAAGACACUCCUAUCCUCCCAGAUGGAUGGAAGCAAGUUGACAAGACGGUCGAUCCGGACCAUGCGCUGAAGCUGUCCAUCGCCAUGCGACAGCCCGAUAUCGACAACCUCAAGGCAAGACUUCGAAGACGAGAUACCUCCGGAAAAUUCACACAGAAUCACCUUACUCAGAAGGAAGCCCUCGCACUCCGAGACCCCGACCAAGCAGACAUCGACGAGGUCCUCACAUGGCUGAGGAGAAGAGGCAUGGCUGCAAAGGCCACACCUGACAAGGACUGGAUUCACGUCAAGACCACCAUUGAGGCAGCUGAGGAUCUUCUCGAGAUGAAGAUUGGCUUUUACCAAUUCGAGAACCAGGAUCCCGUCCUCCGAACCAGAGAGUACUCAGUGCCCGAGUCUGUCGCCGACGCAAUCAGCUUCAUCUACCCCAUCGCCAACUUUAUGCGGCCCAAGAAGGAGCUCACUACCCUCGAUGAAAAGUUCAAUCCGAGCAUGCUCAUGAGCUUGAACCUUGAGAAGCGCGAUGUGGCAUGCAGUCCUGUCGUGGUUCCCGAGUGUCUGCACAAGCUUUACAACAUCAACUAUCCCGCUCACAACGGAUCCUCCUCCAUUCGCCUGGGUAUCGCUGGCUUCCUUGAAGAGUACGCCAACUACCAGGACAGCGACGAGUUCCUCAAGACCUUUGCCAAGCCUCUCUACAACGCCCACUACAACUAUUCAGUUGAGCUGAUCAACGGCGGCGAGAACUCGCAAGUCCUCUCUGAGUCUGGAAACGAGGCCGCGCUGGAUGUCCAGUAUGCAAUGGCCCUCGGUUAUCCUACCAACAUCAUCUACUACCUGGCGGGCGGACGGGGACCCAAGCUGGAUGACAAGGGCGAUCAACUUCCGGAAGAGUACAAUAACAAUGAACCCUACCUGGAGUUUCUCGACUACCUUCUCGAUCUUUCAGACGAUGAGAUCCCCCAUGUUCUCUCAAUCUCAUAUGCCGACAACGAAGUUUCAGUCCCGCGAAAGUACGCCGAGCGUGUGUGCUCUUUGUUCGGUCUCCUGACAGCCCGCGGCACAUCGGUCCUCGCAGCGUCAGGCGAUGGAGGCGCAAAGGGUUCCAGCAACUCGAGUUGCCACACCAAUGACGGCACCAACCAAGACGUCGCCAUGUCUGUCUUUCCUGCGACGUGCCCUUGGGUGACGAGCAUCGGCGGCGUCACCGAUGCCAAGGAUCCUCCGGUCGGCGCCGAAUUUAGCGGAGGCGGCUUUUCGCAGUACUUUUUGCGCGAGAAGUGGCAGGAUGCCGACAUUGAGAGCUAUGUGAAGGCAUUGGACGGUCACCUGCACGGCUUCUACAAUGCCAGCUAUAGAGCAGUUCCGGAUAUUUCGGCUGUGUCGACCAACUUCAUCACCAAAGUUGCUGGCUCAACGCAAGCUGUUCGAGGAACAAGCGCGAGUACACCUGUGGUCGCGGCCAUGAUUGCUCUCAUCAACGACGCUCGCGUACGCAAGGGCAAGGAUGUUUUGGGUUGGCUGAACGAGGUGCUGUACUCAGACGAGGUUCGAGCGGUUCUCCAAGACAUCACAGGCGGACAGAGUCUUUCGUGCAGUUUCAAGCAUGGUGGCGGAACUCCUGGAGGAUGGCCUGCGGCAAAGGGCUAUGAUGCCAUCACAGGCCUGGGAGUGCCAUAUGACUUUGAGAAGCUGUUCAACGUGCUGGUAGAUAUCUGA